CAAACCACCAUGAAAACUUUCUCAACCCUCAUCGUUGCCGGCAUACUUUUCACCGGAAUCCUCCACGUUGCCGCCCAAAACUGCGGCUGCAGUCCAGACUUGUGUUGCAGCCAGUUCGGGUUUUGUGGCAACGACACAGCAUUUUGUGGCACCGGGUGCCGGGAAGGGCCGUGUUUCGGACCUCCUCCGACGAAUGACGUAUCGGUUGCUAGCGUCGUGUCCGAUGCGUUCUUCAAUGGAAUCGUGGACCAAUCUGAUGCCGGUUGUGAAGGGAGAGGGUUUUAUACACGUGCCGCCUUCCUUGAAGCCGUGGGAAACUAUCCCCAAUUCGGUAGAGUCGGUUCCGAAGAAGAUUCGAGGCGGGAGAUCGCAGCAUUCUUCGCCCAUGUUACCCAUGAAACCGGACAUUUUUGUUUCAUCGAAGAAAUAAAUGGCCCUUCGGGAGAUUAUUGUGACGAAAAUAAUACUCAAUAUCCAUGUAACCCUAGCAAGGGUUACUAUGGGCGAGGUCCGAUCCAACUGUCGUGGAAUUUCAACUACGGUCCAGCUGGGCAGAGCAUUGGAUUCGACGGACUGAACAAUCCUGAAAUCGUGGCCACUGAUCCACUCAUCUCUUUUCGAACUGCACUAUGGUAUUGGACGACCUAUGUUCAACCAGUGCUAGGCCAAGGUUUUGGAGCCACUAUCCGAGCCAUCAAUGGAGCACUCGAAUGCGAUGGUGGCAAUCCGGCCACCGUAACUUCUCGUGUUCGGUACUUCACUGACUACUGUAACCAACUUGGUGUUACCACGGGCGGUAAUCUUCGGUGUUAGAAUGAUUGGAAAUUUAUUUUUUCUGCUUUUGAUACGAUAUUGAAGAGUCUAUCCCAUGAGAUACUGGAAAUAUGUAUUCGUAUUUGUUUUUGUAUCACACAUUUGUUCAA